CACAUACUUUGGCUAAAACCAUCUCCAGUAUUCACAUUCUCUUUUGAUACAUUUUCCUUAAGCAACAGAAAUCAGAAAUUUCAUUUUCUUGAUACUUUUUUGUUAUUGUAUAUCAGCAAGAAGAAGAAUAUGGCUAUUCAUUUGGUUGGUAAUCUUUCUAAGCAAAUUCUUCGCGGGUCUAUUUUUUCUCCAAAUAAAGCAGCUUCAAGAUGUUCAGAUGUACCAAAAGGUUUCUUAGCAGUUUAUAUUGGGGAAAUUGAGAAGAAGCGAUUUGUAGUUCCAAUAUCUUAUCUAAAAGAGCCUUUGUUUCAAGAUUUGUUGAGCAAAGCUGAAGAUGAGUUUGGCUUUGAUCAUCCCAUGGGCGGUUUAACAAUUCCUUGCAGAGAAGAUACUUUCCUUCAUGUCACUUCCAACUUGAAGAGAGCUUAAUAAGAGUAGGCAGAGGCAAUUAACCUAUCACAUAAAACAAUUUUGUAUGGCAUAAAUUGCCAAUUCAGAGUAAAUAUAUAUUACAGAAGAAAAAGAAUUCUGCUAAAUGAGGAACCCCAUUUUAUGGAAAUUCUUUUCACACAAUCCGUUAGCUGUUUACUUUCCUGCUAUUACAAAUUCUAGGCAGAUAAUUUGACAAACAAUUUUCAUAGAUGUUCCAGAAGGUUAUUAAGCAGUUUAUGUUGGAGAAAACAUAAACAAACCAAAACUAAAAAAAUAAAAAAGAUUUCUUUUUCCUAUGUCCUACUUGGAUCAGCUUACAUUUC